AUUUGGGUGCGAGAAGAUAAACGCUGUCGUUUCGACAGUAGCACUCUGUUUGGCAGACCAAAUUUGUCGUUAUCCAAAUAUUCAUAUCUAUACAAAAUCCACCAAAAUAUCUAAUUGACUAAACUUUAGGGUUUAUCAUUUUUUCAAAAUGGCGACGCCGGCGAACUCUCCGAACUCCGAAUCCGAUUCGGACAUCGGAACAACUAGUCCGGUGAAUAACCCGAUACCCGAUUCGAAUUCUCAAUUCAAUGCAUUAACCACUGCUAUUCCGUCUAGUCCUGUUGUUUGCUUUCUUAGGUUCGCCGGUGACUCUGCUGCCGGCGCUUUCAUGGGUUCCAUUUUCGGAUACGGGUCAGGAUUGAUAAAGAAGAAAGGUUUUAAAGGAUCAUUCGGUGAAGCAGGAGCUUCGGCAAAGACUUUUGCAGUUUUAUCAGGAGUUCAUAGUUUAGUUGUUUGUUUCCUGAAGAGAUUACGGGGAAAAGAUGAUGUUAUCAAUGCUGGUGUAGCUGGAUGUUGCACUGGUCUUGCCCUAAGUUUUCCUGGUGCACCUCAGGCGCUACUACAGAGUUGUCUCACCUUCGGGGCAUUUUCAUUCAUCAUUGAAGGUCUUAACAAGCAGCAACCCGCAUUAGCACUUACAUCUCGCACGAAUGUCAAAAGCAGACAGCAAUUUGGCGUGCUUGCUCCUUUGUCACUACCUCUACCAAAUGAGCUCAAGGAAUCCUUUCAAUUCUUCUGUCAAUCCCUUAAAAAUCGUCGACAUAACUCUGGUUAGAUGGUGAAGAAAUGCAACCAAAUGUGUGGUUUCUCGAACCUAUUGGCAUGAUUAUCAACUUUUGUAAAGUGUAAUUGACUUGCUCAUUCUGUUUUAAGAGUGGUGGUGACUUAUGGCAUUCUUGCUAAUUCUCUUUUCA